CCUUGUAAAUAAUAUAUUUGUUUUUCUUUCGACAGAUGCACAAAGUUUGGAAUAAAGUUGCUGAGUUUUGCUGAAAACCGUGGCAGGAACAUGGGGAAAGAGUUUGUAAUCAAUAAACCCAAACUCAAAAUUAAGAAGCUACAAGCCAAAUAUAUAGUACGUCAUACAUGACAUAAUACAAAUUAGUUCGAGUUCAUCUCAUGCGAAUUGCAAUGUAGGACGUGUGUGUUACUUAGCUUGUUCAACUUUAUACAAGUUCAAAUGCCUACUUAUAGUCACACAAAGUUAAAGGGCAUAGAUGCUAGCUGAACCAAAGCUAAAGGACAAGUUUAUGUAUUAUGCCUAUAGAGAAUAUAUAGAGGGUAUAAUUUUUUUGUAACCAUUUUAUUUAUUGGUGAUUAUACAGUAACACAACUACAACAUUCCUAGUGUAAUCGCACUAGUUGGUGGCUUUAAUAAGAAAAAGAAAAAAAAACAAAGAGAACUGAUUGUUCCUGCAUAGAGGUAUAUGUUUUUUUUAUUUUAUUUUGUUGAUGAGGAAUCCUAUUAGAUAUACAUGUUAUGCACACAGUCGUACACCAUUAAUUAAUAGAUUUUUCAGCAGCCCACCAGCAGAUACAAGUUGUCAUUGGAUUCAUGCAUUAUAAGAGCAUCUGUGUAAACAUUUACAGAAACUUCAGAUACUCAUUGCAACUGCAAAACUUGUAAACAUUUCCAAAUGGCUCAUAAGAACUACACAACAAAAAGCAAUGUCCAAAUGAGUGUUCAAGAUGCACAAGUGGCUGUGAUUAUGGUGCCACUUCCAGCACAAGGCCAUCUCAACCAGCUUCUCCACCUCUCCAGGCUCAUCACCUUGUAUAAUAUCCCAGUGCACUAUGUUGGCGCAAGCACUCAUAUUCGCCAGGCCAAGUUUUGCGUCCAUGGUUUUGACCCUCUCACAGCUAAAAACCUACAUUUUCAUGAAUUCCCUACACCAUCUUUUGAAACCCCCCCUCCAAAUCCCAAUGCUUCUCAUAAAUUUCCUAACCAAUUAAUCCCUUCAUUUUAUGCAACAAUCCAUCUCCGUGAUCCAGUGAGCUCUCUUGUACGCCAACUCUUAGGUGCCAAUCACCGGAGAGUGAUUGUUACUUAUGAUUCUCUGAUGACUUGGGUAGUACAGGAUGUACCAGCAAUUCAAAAUGCUGAGUGCUACCGUUUUAAUAGUAUCUCAGCGUUUCAUACAUUUUCAUGCAUCUGGGAAGCCAGAGGAAAACCUUUCCUAGCUGGAACUGAAAUAUUUGAGGGCAUUCCGUCAAACGAAAACUGUUGUACCCCAGAGUUAUGGGAAUUAUGGAGUAAACAAGAAUCCCUUGAAGGGAAAAUUAGCUCUGGAGAACUUUUCAAUUCAUCCAUAGUAAUAGAAGGUUUAUACCUUGAUUUAGUAGCCAAAGAAAUUAGUGGCUUAAACCUAUGGGCUAUUGGUCCAUUCAAUCCGUUGUUGCUGACUGAGCAGAACAAAGAUUCAAAUAAAUGUCAUCAAACCUUCGAUUGGCUUGACAAACAAGAACCAGACUCGGUGAUAUAUGUGUCUUUUGGAACAUCUACUUCGUUGUCGAAUAAAGAAAUUGAACAACUAGCCGUUGGGCUAGAGAAAAGCCAGCAAAAGUUCGUUUGGGUCCUCAGAGAUGCUGACAAAGGAGAUGUAUUUGCAGGCGAUGAAAGGAGAGCUCGACUUUCUGAAGGUUAUGAAGAGGGGCUAAAAGGAAGAGGAAUUAUUGUAAGAGAUUGGGCACCUCAGUUGGAAAUAUUGGCACAUCCUUCCACAGGUGGUUUUAUGAGUCAUUGUGGAUGGAAUUCGUGCAUGGAAAGCAUUUCCAUGGGAGUUCCUAUAGCAGCCUGGCCAAUGCAUUCAGAUCAGCCAAGGAAUUCUCAGCUAGUAACAAAGUUUCUCAAAAUUGGCUUAAAUGUGAGACAUUCAUGUCAUGAUGAAUUGAUUACGUCAGAUAUGGUUGAAAAUGCUGUGAGAACUUUGAUGGCUUCCCCCGAGAGAGAUGAGAUGAGGAAGAGAGCAUCAGAAUUAAGCAUUUCUGUCAAACAA